CAAGAGAGAGAGACAUUUGUCGUUUUCGUUUAUUCUGAGCCACCUCAAAAUAUCCUGUGUUCAUGCAGAGGCAGCUGACGAACAUGAAUAUCAACUCUUCAGAACAACCAAAUCCCUGGCUGAACAAUGGCAGCUCUCUGACCCUCAGAUCUUCAGGUAUAGGGAUGUCCUGCUUCAUUAUGACAUUUGGUGCCAUCUCCAGCCUCACUGCUCUGGGCAUCUUGGCUAAGUCCCAUGUCAGAUUCCGCCACCAAUCAAAAGCACCAUUUCUGCUGUUAAUAGUGGCUUUGCUAUCUUCUGACCUGGGAGGUCAUGUGAUCCUCGGUGCUUUUGCUCUGUAUUUGCACAGGGAUCAGAGGUAUACACUGCAAGAUGACAAGCCCACCACAUUCUGUCAGAUCUUUGGGAUGAGUAUGGUGUUUUUUGGCUUGUGCCCUUUGCUGUUGGGUUGUGCGAUGGCAGUGGAGCGCUGUGUGGCCAUCACCCAGCCCUUUUCACAUGCUGCUAUGUUCACAGUGACUCAUGUGCAGCGUGUUGUGUUAAUUCUUUCUUCAGUUGCAUUCAUGCUGGCAAUUCUGCCUUUAUUUUCCUUGGGCACCUAUACAAUCCAGUUUCCCAGAACAUGGUGUUUCCUAAAUAUCCAUGGACCGCAGUCUGUAGAUACCAUUCUGAUCUUGGCCUUUUCAUGUCUUGGUCUCACUGCACUGACUCUUUCCCUGUUGUGCAAUAUCCUGAGUGGCCUGGUAUUGCUGCAAGCCAGAUUUUGCUCCCACAGUGUUAAUAAAACUCGCUGCACCAGACGUUCACCGUCCACAUCAACUUCCUCUUUGUUUUGCUCGUUGGAUCUGGAGAUGAUGGCACAACUGGCAGUUAUCACUGUGGUUUCCUGUGUGUGCUGGAGUCCCUUUCUUAUCCACCUUCUUGUGAUGCAGAUCAACCAAAGCCAAAGACCCUCAAGUGAUUGGCAAGAUGGGUUUACUCUUCAGAGCUUACGUAUGGCAUCCUGGAAUCAAAUCCUGGACCCUUGGGUUUAUAUCUUACUUAGGAGAGCUGUGUUUUUCAAUUGUUCAAAACUGUUUAAUCCAACCACAAAAGCUGGCAAAAACGAAGCUCAUGCUUUCCCUAAUUCAACUGCACACUUUCAUCUCACUGUAAUUCCCUCUUCUCAUAUGACAGCAAGCAGCCAUCUUCUGUCUCUAAACUCAACAAAAUCCCUCCCUCCACUGGCUACCCUUCAAAUUCAGAAUUGACUUCAAAUUAGUACUCAUAACGGAUAAGGCCCUCCAUGCUCCUAUCUCAUCAGAGAACUCCUCCAACCAUACUCGACCUUCAGACAACAGAUCAUCACCCAUAAGCCUUCUUACCAUUCUAUACACUCCUAAAAUCAAAAAGUGACACUCAGUGUCAAAGCUCAGUUGCUUUGGAACGGACUCCCACUCCUUGUAAGAGCACACAUUAACCUUAACAUUAUUUGUUUUUAUGAACUCUGCAACACUUUGUAAUUGUGGGUUUAAAAAUUAUAUAAAUAAAUAAAGCUGUAAUUACCUA